AUGUCUGUUCAGCAACCACCAUCCAAGUCUGAAACACAACAAACACAGGCCAUGCCUGUAGCUCAACCCACUGAUAUGUAUAUUCAGCCAUAUUUGAAGAAAUUGAUACCUGAAUUAGAUGGUUUGAGAAAACUUCAAGAGGCCGAACAAAGAAUUGAUCUAUAUCUGAGUCGUAAGAAGAUUGACCUCCAUCAGAAUAUUACUCAAUGGACGCAUUCAAAGUUCUCUGAUCCUGAGAAAAAUGAGGUAGUUCGGGUUUUCGUGUCAAAUACUUCUGAGAACCAACCAUGGCAAACUAAUGACGAUACGAUGCAACUCGACCAGGCGUCGUGGACUUUGAGGAUUGAGGGUAGAGUGCUGAGCGAUGAAAAACCAGAUGAUCCUAAAAGACCUAAGUUUUCGUCUUUUAUUGAGAGUAUUGCAAUCGAUUUCAAGCCCGAUAACCAAGGACAGGGAAAUGACGAAGACGAUGAUAACGAAACGGAUGAUCAAACCACAGAAGGACCGGUGGCAAAGAAACCUAAAACUGAAGAUACACAGAAUGUCUUUGAGUGGCACGCUGAUCCUAAUGCGGCUGUCGAAUUCGACGGGAUAGAUGUUACUCGUAAGGGUACUGAAAACGUCAACUGCACCAUCACACUACAGCCAAAAGGAUACACCGGUGAAUACCUUCAGUUUUCGCCUGGAUUGGCAUGCAUCAUAGGUAUUUCUAAGGGGACAUUGCAUGAGGCUAUCUAUUCGCUUUACAAGUACAUAUUGCUGAACGACUUGUUGACAGACAAUGAUGAAACUGUGGCUAAAGAGUCCACUAACGGAGAAAAAGUAUUAGUGAAGCUGGACUCUUCUUUGGCAAAACUAUUAACUAAUGUGCAGCUUUCAGCUGGUAAAACUACCUUAAAGCUAUCUGAACUCCCUGGCUUGGUUAAGAACCACGUUAAGCCAAUCCCCCCAAUUAAGUUCAAUUACGUUGUCCGCGUGGACGAAUCUUCCACAUUGGGUGACUUUGUAUUUGAUAUGGAAGUUCCUAAACCAAGUUCGCCAUCUGCUCCAGCGGAUAAUUUGUCCAAGAACGAACUACUACUAUUAAACGAAUAUAACACAUUAUCCACAGCGAUCGAACCUCAAAUACAGGAUCUCAACAAAAAGACGCAACUUCUCAAACUACAACUAAACUCAAGUGCCAAAAAAUACCAGUUCUUCAACAGACUAGCAUCGGACCCUGUACCACUAUUGCAAGACUACAUGGAGUCCUCCUCCCAGGCUCUUAAGGUGCUAUCAGGUGAUGCGGGCUUCAACGAAGAUUCCGUUAGAAGAGCAGAAUUCUACAAGGAAAAUGAGUCGAUACUUUUUGAAAAUAUCAGCGCUCUCUUAGCCACCGGAAGAAUGAAGUAG